UUGAAUUAUCAGCAACCAAACUUGCCUCUAUUUACAACUGAAUCGAACCAAAUCGGAAAAUUCCAAAUUUUACCAUUCGCAAAUCACUCACUUCCAAGCCAACCAUCUCCCACAUCCAAACAUCCAUCUUCAAACCUUUUCUUCCAACCCUUCGAACGAACAAACGAUCCAUUUCAGGCCAAAACCAUCCUUCCACAAGCUCGAAGACUUCCAAGUUUUCAGACAGAAAAAAUGAAGAUAAACGAACACACCGCACUCCUCACCCCGCACCUCCUCCUAGUCCCCUACUCCCCGCACCACGUGCCCACAUACCAUGAAUGGAUGCAAGAUGAAGAUCUCCUCACCCAAACAGCAUCCCUCCCCCUCUCCCUCGCCGCAGAACACGAAAUGCAAGCUUCCUGGCGCUCGGACGGCGAUAAACUGACGUUUAUAAUCUGCGAGGCGCCUCAAGUUCCAUCCCUCCCCCAACAAGUUCAAUCCCAGCAGAGAAGCAAGAUAACGCCAGAAGUCGAUGAUGCACCGGAGCGUAUGAUCGGAGACGUAAACCUCUUCCUUUCUCCCGCCGACUCUUCCGACGAUGACGAGGGGGGAGAUGGGAAUGGUGGAGAGGAGGUAGUAGCCGAACUCGAAAUCAUGAUCGCGUCUCCCUCGCACAGGGGUCGCGGGCUCGCGCUCGAAUGUUUACUAGCGUUUAUUGCUUAUCUGCGGCGGAACCUGUCUUCUAUCUUGGCGGAGGCAAAUGGGAGGGUUAAACUAGCGUAUUUGAGAGUGAAGAUCGACCAGCAUAAUCUACGCAGCGUGCGGCUUUUUGAGCGAUUGGGGUUUGAGCGGGAAGGUGCGGGGGCGAAUUAUUUUGGGGAGGUGGAGUUACGGCGUCGACUUGGUAGUGAGGAUGGAGAAGGAGAUGUGGGGGUUGAGGUUGGGUAUGGGUUGUGAUGAUAUGUGGUGUGCUAGACAAGUAGAGAAAGAGGGUGGUGCGGCAGAAACAAUUUUUCAGCGACUGGAAAUCGUGGUAAAUCGUACAUGAAGAUCAAGUUCAUGGUUCAUACUAUCGUGCAGUGCCAUUGUUAGGCUGCAAUUCCCCACCACCAAGUCACUCCUCCUUUACAACUUCUGGUACUCGAGCUUGCCUUCCAAUUUCUUCGACUCGGCCAUCUUCCGCACGGCCUUGUUGAAGUCGUCCUGGUUGAUUGCGUCUCUGUAGUCCUUGAUAGCGAAGAG